AUGUCCCUUUCCCGAGGCAGUGUCGCCCUACGACACAUCCAUACUCUCCCCGCCGGUCGUCGCUCUUUACUGCGGACCACCCAACGUCGCUGGGCGCGUGUCCACGACGUCCGCUUCGUAACUACACAUAGAAAUCAGGAGAAAAUCUUGGACCGGUAUAGACAGAAGCUGGAACAGAAGGCGAAGGACGAAGGUCAUGAUUCCAUAUCCUCCCUCACGGAAGCGUAUAAGGAUAAAAUCAAAGACUACAAGCGUGCAGCCAGUGCCGCAUUUCCAUCAACACCUACGGGCCAAAGCCCGCAAGCACAACCAUCUCCAUUCCAACAACCUCCGCCUCCUCCGCCGACUCAGCAGCCAACAUCUCCAGCAAGCCAGCCACAAGGGAAAUCUUCGGCUGCAAACCAAGCUCCUGGCGCACCUGGGAUAAAGCCUCUCUCGUCGUACCUCGACCUUGAAAAAGUGGCCUCCCUCCCAAACAAAGAGGUGGAAUACAUCUGGCGACUUCGGCACGCAAACGACCCAUUGUCGCUGUGUGCCGUUAUUCCGUUGGAGACAUAUAAUCGCAUCUACCGCACUGCGAGAAAACACCCACAAUUUGUCCUUCCCUUACCUCGCCCUGUGGCCGAGGAUGGCAGCGGCGACAUGAAACAAUCUUCCGACGGAUUCGGAGGCGAUGAACAACGGUCCGCUGCGGAUAUUCAUUUCUUACAAUGGGGGUUCCAUCCUCCUGCGGGUCUUCCCCAAAGUCCGGACGUGAAAACUGCGAAUACCCACACGAGUACUGUGCUCUUCACGCACUUGGCUGCCUUCAAGCUCCACGGAACCUAUGCUCAGCCACACACGACAAUCACGCAUCACCUCGAUCUCGCGGACUCGCAUGGCUUGGUUUUGUUGAACGGCUCUGUUGUCAAAGGGCGGGGUGUGAGUGUGGAAGAAGGCCGUUGGCUUUUGAUGUGCCUCCAGAAAUUUUAUGAUCAUGAAGGUCAUGGAGGGGGCAUCGGACGCGAAAAGCGGCAUGGACUUCUGGAGAAAUUCAGCCAGGGCGACCAGGAGUUCAAUCUGGAAGAACUGGUCGAUGAAGCUGAGAGGAUAUCAUGA